AUGGCGAAUCUAACUCUAGAGCUAAACAUCAACUCUGCAAGUAACCUUGCAAAUGUCAAUCUCAUCUCAAAGAUGGACGUUUACGCCGUCAUUGCCAUUAACGGCGAUGACACCCAAGAGAAACAGAAGGUGAAAACCGACGUCGAUCACUCCGGCGGAUCUAACCCAACUUGGAAUCACGCCGUCAAGUUUACCGUCAACGAGGGGUUAGCUCGUGACGGACGUUCGACUCUCGUCAUGAGAUUGAUCUCUCGUCGUGUCCUUGGCAACAAACAUAUCGGAGGAGUUAACGUCCCGUUACUUGAGCUUUUGGAUUCGAUCACGCCGUCAAUUAACGGUGACGGUUACCGCGAGGAGAUGACGUCCGUGACGUAUCAGGUGAAAUCUCCGUCGGGGAAACGGAAAGGCACUUUGAAUUUCUCGUACCGGUUCAAGACGACGCCGGUUGAACCGGUUAUCCCGGCGGAUUUUCCGGCAAUCGAUUAUCCUCCGCCGUCAGGUUACUUAUCUGCUCCACCACCGUCGCAAAUCGAGCAUCCGCCCCAUGCACCACCAGAAUCGGCUAUUGAGUUUUGUCAGCUGUCUAAGCCGCGGUGUCAGAUCGAUUCCGAUCAUCGGAAACGUCUCGUCGCCGCCGGCUCGAGCUUCGAUCCUCUUCCAAUAUCCUACGGCGCUGGUUCAUCGCCUUACGAUAAAUCCGGUUACGCUUGCUCUUCGCCGCCAAAACCGAGCCACCAUGGGUAUGGACCGUACGAUUAUGCGCCACCUUCACCGGCGGGAUAUGGAUACGGAACUCCGACGUCUCAACCGCCGAAGGGGAUAGGGCUUGGGCUUGGAUUGGGAGCUGGGCUUCUGGGUGGGCUGAUGAUGGGAGAUUUAGUGUCUGACGUGGCAAAUUGUUUUGAUCUUUGA